AUUUCAUUUGCAAUUGAGUUGCUUCCAGGCCUAUCUAGUUUUGAGAUACUAGCUUUGGAAGAUUUCUGGUUCAUUUGUUCCUGGAUUAGACUAUACUAAGGUAAUGGGACAUAAUGCACAAGAUGGGCUUAAAAAAGGGCCAUGGACACCAGAGGAAGAUCUUGUCUUGUACAAGUUUAUCCAAGAACAUGGAGAAGGGCGCUGGCGUGCUGUCCCUAGCAAGACAGGUUUAAGGCGUUGUGGAAAGAGUUGCAGACUACGAUGGUUGAAUUACCUUAGUCCGAAGGUCAAGCGAGGUAACAUUUCACCAGAUGAAGAAGAGCUUAUAAUAAGACUACAUAAACUGCUUGGAAACAGGUGGUCAUUAAUUGCAGGGCGUAUACCAGGCAGAACUGAUAAUGAUAUCAAGAACUACUGGAAUACCCAUUUGAGCAAGAAAUCUUCCAAUGGAUUUACUUCUGUUAAACAACAUGCGCCUGUUGUAAAAGCAGUAGCUUCAUGUAACAAGCCAAAAAGUGCUUACCAGGAUGGUCACAAUGUUGAAACUGUAGCUUACACAGAAAAUUCUACUGCAAUAGAAAACUUGGAGGGUUUCAUGAUAGGGGAACUGUCAAAUUCCUCAAUUAAAAACAUUCCCAGUUUGAACUACUUCCCAUUGAUGGGUAUUGCAGGUGGAGAGAUGGGUAUCACAGCUUCCUCUACUCCUAAUAUGCCAGAGUAUGUCUUCUCCUAUUCUGAUCUCUAUCAGGAUGGCUCUGGGUUGUACUCAAAUAGUCACUGUCCUCUGUCAUUUCCUGUGCAGUCUGAAACUUACUUGACAAAUCAGAAUUCAGAACUCUUACUUUCUUAUCAGUGGUGGGACUCAAGGUUUGAUAUUGUGUCAGCAUUCAACAAUAAUACCAAUACCAUGGAUCUGGAUGAAUAUGAAUAUGGAAACAAGCACCUAUGCCUCAACUGAUCUGCUUUGGCCCUUGUUAUUCUAAAUCUAACUUGGCUACUUGUCAAGCUUAAGCUGCCCAAAUAAGCUGAUAUGUUGUAUUACUGUUUGAUAGAUAUGUAGUAUAAACAUGGCAAAUAAAAAAAUUCAUUGUCCAUGAUCACUGUAUGUAAGUUUUACGAAAUAUAUUGAAUGAAAAAAAAAAAGCGUGUAAGAAGGUUUGUUGUUUUAAGUCAAAUCAUUUUCUUGCGAAAAACAAACAAUUGAAAAAAACAGAAACUCCUCUUAUUAAAGGAGA